AUGGGUACAUGCACCUCUUUAUUAAAAAAAAAAUAUGCUAAAGAUCGAAAAAAUACAAGAAGAAGAUUAUCUAUCAGCACUAAAAGUGAACUACCAAACGAUACUGAUGAAAUAAAAAGAAGUAUUAAAGAACUUAAACAAAAUGAAAGCAAAUUUAAAGAGGGAUCAAAAAGCAGCAUAGGUUUAAGUGAUAAAAAAGAAACUCAAGAUGAAGAAGAAGCAAAAAUUGAUGUGAAAAAAAGCAAAAUAAAAAAACGAUCAUCUAUUGCAGGGGUGCAAGCAUCACAUUUUCAAGAAGACUUUGAAAAAAAAUGCGUAAAAAUUAAAGGAUCUGUUGAUAAAUUACAUGAAAAUGGUAUUGGAUAUGUUUGUAGAAAAGGCUUAAAGCCUGAAAGCCCUAAUCAAGAUGAUUUUAUUAUUAUAACAAUGGAAAAUUUAGCUUUAUAUGCCAUUUUUGAUGGGCAUGGCCCAUAUGGUCAUGAUGUUUCAAAUUAUGUACAAAAGGAAUUACCAUACAUGAUUAUAAGGGAUGAAAAUUUUUUAAAAAAUCCUAAGAAAGUUUUUACUAAUGCUUUUUUAAGUAUUCAUGAAAAUAUUGAAAAAGGAACAAAUCUUUAUCUAGAAUCAAUUGUAAAUGGUGGAAUAAAAAGUUCUAGUAAUAUUGACAAAAAUAAAAUUAAUGAAGCUGUCAGUACUCAUUUAGAUUCUCAUACUAAGAAUAUUCUAAGUGAGUCAGACAACGAUAAUAGUUCAUAUUUAGAAAGUUAUGAUAAUUUUAAAAGCAAUGACAACAUAUAUAGUGACAAUUUUGAUGAUAAUAUCAACAGUGAUAAAGAUGAUGAUUUAUUUGGUGAUAAUAAUGAACAAAAUAGCGAAAGUGAUGAUUCAAAUGAAUAUAUAAAUGAAAAAAACAAAUUAAAUAAGAAAAAAAAUAAUAAUAAACCAUUUUUUGAUGGUACAAUGAGUGGGACAACAGCAACAAUCAUAGUUCAUUUGUUUAAAGAAAAAAAAUUAUAUGUAGCAUAUGUCGGAGAUUCGAGAGCUGUUUUAGGAAAAAAGAAAAAGGGAUCUUCAAAAAAAAUAGAUGCUAUAGAGCUAACUAAGGAUCAUAAACCUAAUUCUGAAGGUGAAAAAAAAAGAAUCAUAAAAUCAGGGGGUCAAGUUUUGAAAUUAGAAGGCGACAUACCUUAUCGUGUUUUUUUGAAAAAUAAAUUUUACCCAGGAUUGGCAAUGUCACGGGCCAUUGGAGACACAUUAGGACAUCAAAUAGGAAUAAUAUCGGAGCCUGAUUUUAUGGAAGUUAAUAUAAACGAGGAUGAAGAUAUUCUUGUUUUAAUUUGUAGUGAUGGAGUGUGGGAGUUUAUAUCAUCCGAGGAAGCCGUUAAUAUGAUUUAUGAAUAUGGCUAUGAUAAAGUUCAAGAUGCCGCGGAGAACCUAGCGAAAGAAUCUUGGGAUCGUUGGUUAAGUGAAGAGGAAAAUAUCGUCGAUGAUAUAACAGUGCAAGCCAUCUAUUUAUCAGAUAAAUUAAAAAAUAAAAAUUAA